AUGACCGUUCUCAUCGUUGCCGUUACAGUGCACGCCAUCAAGGUGGUUCUCCGCCCUGAGGUGCUGUCUGUAUCGGUCGUCGGGGGUUCACUUCCCUUCUUCAACCAGCCGCUGUCGCCGUCGCCGUCUCCGGCGAAGAAUGCCGAGAGAGUCCUAGAUGUGAAAGUCCGCUUCUACAACCCCAGCGGCCGCGUCCGCAUGUACUACACCAACAUCACCGUGUACCUGUUCGGCAACGACUCGCGGGCGACGUCGUCGAACCCCGCCGCCGAGGCGCCGACUCCUUCGUCUUCUUCGGACUCAAUUCGAAGGCCGUGGAGCAGCUGGGUACGGUGGAAACCGACCUGCAGCUGCACCUGA